UAUAUAUAUUAAUUGCGCAUUAUACAGAACAUGUUUCUCCCCACUGCAUUAAAAUUAUAAAUUAAUUUAUUAUCGUUUAUAUAUAUAUAUAUGUUUGUAUAUAUAUUUAUAUAUAUUUACUAUUAUUUAAUUAAGACUAUUUUAUUAGCGCAUAGUUGCUUAAUUAACCUUAUUCUAUAUUAACUUUUUUAAAACUUGGUGUUAUUUCUGAGCAGUCGCGUUACGCUAUUGGUUUAAUCCCGGUAAAAAUGAAGCAUUUGAAAUUUGUCCUCCUCUUGGCCAUCAUGGCAAAUUUUUGGGAAUGUAGUGAAUUCAAAUUAGGCGAGAAAGGAGAGUUAAGUCCAAGGAGGAAGAGAUGUUACGAUGGAAGUCUGCCGAAACGCUUGAAGAGGAAGGAGAGAAAACUGUCACUGGAGGGAAACAGCGGAGAUGAGAUUUGUCACGGGCUUUAUCCUCGCAUGUCCUGCUGUUCGUCCAGGAUGGCUCAGUUUCAGAUACUCCACCGGAGAGAUGCACGGGUCUUCUCGACCAAUAACACAGAGUGUUCUAGACUGCUCCAGGAGAUUAAGUGUGCCCAUUGCUCACCACAUGCCCAGAUGCUCUUCCAUUCACCCAAACUUGACAAAGCACCACACAGAGAACAAGACCUUCCUCGUUUAUGCCACGACUACUGUCAAGAGUUCUACUACACCUGCCGGGGGCAUGUACCAGAACUGUUCCAAGCCGACGUGGAUGAGUUCUGCCAGUACUAUGGGAGAAGGGAUGGAGGCCUGUGCUUUCCAGAUUUUCAACGAAAGCAAUUGCGCAGAGAUUCUAACUACCUGUUAGAUGAUAACAUGGAAGUGACAAACAGAAAACAUAAACACAACUGCUACUGUGCUCAGGAGAUCCUUAGUGGUCUUCGACAGCCUGUUGGUGUGGUACAUUGUGGGGAUGGGUCACAGCGCCUUUUCAUUUUGGAGAAGGAAGGCUUUGUCCGAAUCCUAACACAUGUCAUGGAGCUCCUAAAAGAACCUUUUCUGGACAUUCAUAAGCUGGUCCAAAGUGUCAUAAAGGGAGGAGAUGAAAGGGGCUUGCUAAGCCUUGCAUUCCAUCCCAAUUAUAAGAAAAAUGGAAAGCUCUACGUGUCCUACACGACCAAACAAGAGCGCUGGGCUAUUGGACCACACGACCACAUUCUUCGCGUGGUCGAGUACACAGUGUCCAGGAAAAAUCCCAACCAGGUGGACUCAAGGACUACCCGAAUUCUAAUGGAAGUAGCAGAGCUCCACCGCAAGCAUCUGGGAGGGCAGCUUCUGUUUGGGCCUGAUGGGCUUCUGCACAUCUUUUUAGGCGAUGGCAUGAUCACUUUGGAUGAUAUGGAGGAGAUGGACGGUCUGAGUGAUUUCACAGGAUCCGUCCUUAGGGUGGACGUGGACACGGAUUGUUGUAAUACUCCCUAUUCUAUACCCAGAAACAACCCCUAUUUCAACAGCACCAAUCAGCCCCCUGAAAUCUUUGCCCAUGGACUGCAUGACCCGGGAAGGUGUGCAGUGGAUAAGUUUCGCAUGGACACCAAUGGAAGUCUGCUGAUCCUGUGCACGGACACUGUUGGUAAAAAUACAACAACAGGCAGGAUCCUGCAGGUCAUCAAAGGGAAAGACUACGAAAAUAAGCCAUCUAUGUUUGACUUGGGGUCAGACGGAGGUGCAACACCAAUCGGUGGAUUCAUCUACAGAGGGUGUCAGUCAAGAAGACUUUAUGGAAGUUAUGUAUUUGGAGAUAAAAAUGGGAACUUCAGAAUUCUCCAGAGGCCUUCAGAAGACAGGUCAUGGCAAGAGAAGCCUCUUUGUCUUGGUAGUAGCAGCUCUUGUGGUUCCUCGGUAGUAGGCCACAUCCUGGGGUUUGGCGAAGAUGAAUUAGGUGAGGUCUACAUCCUUGCCUCCAGCAAAAGCAUGGCAGCACAAUCACAUAGCGGAAAGCUCUACAAGUUGGUGGAUCCGAAAAGGCCACAGGUCCCUAAGGAGUGCAGACGGCCUGUAGAAGGUCCAGAGAUGCUUAGCACUGCUUGUUCCCGUGAAUGCAAGAACGGCCAUUGUACACCCACUGGCAAGUGCUGCUGUAGUCCUGGCUGGGAGGGUCCCUUCUGCUUACGAGCCAAGUGUGAACCCGCCUGUCGCAAUGGUGGGGUCUGUGUGGAGCCCAACAAGUGUCUCUGCAAGGAAGGUUUCUCAGGCACCCAAUGCGAGAAAGGAGAGCGAGGUACACAAGGGUAUGGUGAGAAAGACAGCUUCCUGGGGCACAUCAUUGACAUGACAUCUUACCUGCUGGACCUCACCAGUUAUAUCCUAUAAAGAGCAGGGCAGGGUGAUAAUGCGCUCUACUCCAGUUUGCAUACUGAAUGCUAAGGAGGCCAUUCAGAGUUUGCCUUCAGGACACCAUCCCCGAUCUCCAACUGCCCCUCAUCUGAUUCUCCUCUCCCACCACUGUUCUCUUUCAUAAGCCACAGGCUUUUGAUCUUCAAGCUCUCCUGCACCAUCUCCACUCCCCAACCCUAUGCACAAAUACACACAUAAAAGAAUAACAGGGUGGCCGAACCUCACCAUGCAUAGCUGAAGGGGUCACAUGUUGGAGGUACAACAUAGGAUUUCCUGCUAUUUAUAGGAUAUUCUGCUGGCUGCAACCCACAGGUUUUACUGCUGGUAUGGUGUGCAAAGUCUGGUCCUUUAAAGUCAAAUGUCCCUGCAACAAAAUCUGUCAGAGGACUCAGAAAGCACUGGAAUCCCUACAUGAUACCAACUUGGAUGUUACAUGGGCACCAGGUUGUACUACAGGACUCUAGAAAUGGAAGGCUAAUCAGUAUUUCAGGGGCUUUUGCAGCAUGUGAAGCAUAACAAAGCUCAUUUGGGGAAGUCAAAUGGACAGUCUACCAAACUGAACUGCACCAUAACAAAAAUAUCACUAUGGAUUCACAGGUUGUUUGAAGAAUGGGGGAAGUAGCAUCAGAGAAACUGCUGUCAAUACAGCAUGCCACAAUACAACGUUAUCUAGCAGGUCUGAGUAGAACUGAAGAAUGGGACUUGAUGCCAGUUUACAUGUCGUUUUUAAUAAGGAUUUGCUAUAAUGUCUUCAAUCUUCUUGAUAUAAUUGCUGAAACUAUCAGUGAGGGUUGUGCAAAUUCAAAACUGAAUAUUGGUUGUAUCCCAUUGAUGUUUCGUUUAGAUGAAAACAUAAAGUGAAAUCUUUAAGAAUGUUUUGACAGUCACUUUGAUUAAUUUAAUACAUAUGACAAGUUGGAGAUGACGUACUGAUUUGCAAAGGAAAAUACUCUUAUGAGGGCACUGCUCUGGUUAAAAUUGCAGUAUCGGUAUCAGUAGCAAUACUAUUUUCCUAUAGUUGUUCAUGACCAUGCACGCUGCUUUCAUUGCAAAAUGUAUAUCUUAUCACAUUUUAAAAUGUACAUAUACUGUAUCUUGUUUCUGUGUAAAGUCAAAUUGUUUGUUUUGUUUUUCAUAUGGAAGGCCCUCUUAAGGUGGUUUUAAACAAAUAACAUCACAAUAAUCUCA